AUAGAACAAGUACACAUGGCGCGGUAGCCGCUAUUGGAGAGACAUGCUUCGACACUGUGCACUGAAGCAUAAAUGUGACUCAACGAAGGUUCCUGUACGAGCGGACGAAAAGUCUAGGUCGAGCAUUGCAGUGGACACCCCUGCUACAACGCAAAGGACUAUCUGAUGAAGACGAUGCCGCGACAGUGCUGAUUUUUGUUGUCGGCAUUGGGCAAUCUGUAGCCUGUGAUCUGUAAUCAGUAAUCGGACCUCCAUGUCCUUGCUGCAUCAAGAUGCAGCUUUACGCCUUGAAUAUUUCAAGUCAUCGAUCGCAAAGACAAGACCAAAAUCGAACAACUCGCCGACAUGUCCAGCGGUGAAAACGUGCGUGCGACUGGCCCGCUCGCUGGAACGUUUCGAGAUUACCUCCUAGCAAUGCGGCGUCACCGUAAGCGACCCCAGAGAGCGGCCAUCCACCUUCGAUGCAUAAUGACGGGAGGACAACUGCCACGCGGACGCGUGUCCGGAUCCGAGUCUAUGUGCAAGGCGGGCACUUUCCCAUGUCACCGCUACGCGAACGGUGAGAUUGAAGCAUGGGGGUUUAGCGAUGGAGCUUUCAUACCUGAGCGACGUCAACUCGUAUGUUCAUCCGCGUCGAUCCGUCCAUGUGAUGUAUUGUCACGGGUUGGUCGCUGCCCAAAUUUGGUGAUACACAGAGCGCCUAGGAGGUACAAGGAGGGGCGCACAUGUCGUACAUACUCGCGUCUACGCGAGUGUCGGGCGAACUCAUUCGUUAUUGAUGUGCAUUGUAGGGCUGUAGGGCUGUGAUGGUGGAUUAUUGUUGGAAGGAAAGUGCUGCCGUCAGGCUCGUGGCCACCUUGGCGGGCGGCCACUAAAAAUAGCGCCUUCUAUGGCGCAUGCACAGAACAACAGCGCAGCGCGGCUGUACGCUCGAGGCCAUAGGCGCACUCGAAGUAAAUGUUGUGGUUGCUG